CAGCACCACCAUCCAUUGAAACCGUACCGAACCGAGCACACUCCGCUCAUAACUCAAACUCAUUUCUAUUUUCGUGUGUUUUUGACAGGUUCUGCUGUGGCUGUGCGAAUUAAAAAUUGUGUAUUUCCAUUUCCAUUUUUUUUAUUGUUCACAUGUAAUCGCGGUAGCAGUCGAAUAAAAUGUAAAAACUAAAAAAAAUCUAUAAAACUUACUUUGCAAUCGUAAAUAUUUUAAAUAUUUUCACGCAGUCCUUCAAAUUCACACCUGUAUUGAUAUUCCAAAAAUAAAAAAAAUCAUAAAAUUCACUGAAAAAUCCAUCUAUUUUAAUUUAUUUAGUUGCUCUGCGCCUGUGAAUCCUUUUUAUUGUGACCAAGAACAAGAACAAAACCAAUUCUCAUCAUAAGAACACGCCAAUUCGUAAUACAAAAAGAAAAGAAAAAAUAUACUGAGUAACUUUUUUCUAAUUACAAAGGAAAGGAAGGAAUAGGAAAAGUCGAAUAAGAAAUCGCCUUCGCCUCCUCUGUUUGCUCCCCUCGUAGUCGUGGUCGUCGUCUUCGACUUCGAUGAUCGUUUAAUUUUUGAGUUUCUUUCUUAUUUUUUGUUUGGGCACAGUCUCCAUAUUCAGAAAAAGACAAAAAGACAGUGGUGCGGAAACCGCGGUGACAGCAUUUAAGUCUGCAUUUCAAGUGACAAAGAAGGCAGAAAGAAAACAACAUCACUACUUAUUUACAUUACGUAAAAUGGAUGUGGUAGAAGCCGACCCACUAAUAGAAGCUAUGGAUACUCAAGAAAUAGAAUAUGUGGUUGACGAACAGCAGCAGUCCCUGGCUAAGCCCAAAGACACCGAUGAAAAUGAUCCAAAAUGCGAUCAAUUCCGUGCGGAAGCAACAUUCUCGUUUGUUGUUGAAAACAUCUCCACGCUGAAGACGACAAUUUUGUCGCCACCCACAUAUGUCCGGAUGUUGCCAUGGAAGAUCAUGGUCUUGCCCAUUGAGCGCUCUAUGGGGUUCUUUCUACAGUGCAAUGGAGAGAACGAUUCAACAGCUUGGUCGUGUAAUGCCAUAGCUGAGCUGAGGCUGAAGUGCUUCAAGCCAAAUGCUCCGCCAUUCGCUAGAGCCAGAAUAAAGCAUUUGUUCUACAGCAAAGAGAACGACUAUGGUUAUUCGAAUUUUAUAACUUGGGCUGAUUUGCAGGACCCCGAGAAGGGCUACGUGAGAAACGAUACAAUCGUGCUUGAAGUUCACGUGAUUGCAGAUGCUCCACAUGGGGUUUUGUGGGAUUCAAAGAAGCACACAGGUUGUGUGGGUUUGAAGAACCAAGGAGCCACUUGUUACAUGAAUUCUUUGCUGCAAACCCUCUACUUCACUAAUCAGUUGCGCGCAGCCGUCUACAAGAUACCAACUGAAGCAGACGAUAGUGCAAAGUCUGUGGGUUUAUCGCUGCAAAGGGUGUUCCACGAGUUGCAAUUUGGUGACAGGCCCGUGGGCACAAAAAAAUUAACCAAGAGUUUUGGGUGGGAGACGCUGGAUUCCUUUAUGCAACACGAUGUUCAGGAGUUCCUGCGUGUUCUUCUUGACAAGUUGGAAUCGAAGAUGAAAGGCACCUGCUUGGAGGGCACUAUUCCCAGCCUCUUUGAAGGAAAAAUGUCCUCGUACAUAAAAUGCAAGAAUGUGGAAUAUAACAGCACCCGCUACGAGACAUUUUACGACAUUCAAUUGAACAUAAAGGACAAGAAGACGAUUUAUGAUUCCUUUCAGGAUUACAUAGCUCCGGAGACCCUCGAAGGAGACAACAAAUACGACGCAGGCGUACAUGGCUUGCAGGAGGCAAGCAAAGGCGUUAUAUUCACCUCCUUUCCGCCGGUCCUGCACUUGCAUUUAAUGCGUUUCCAAUACGAUCCGAUAACAGAUAGUUCGAUUAAGUACAAUGACCGCUUCGAAUUCUACGAGCAGAUCAAUUUAGACCGCUAUCUAGCCGAGAAGCAGGAGACCCCAGCUGACUACGUUCUGCACGCUGUCUUGGUUCACUCCGGUGACAAUCACGGAGGUCAUUAUGUGGUUUUUAUCAAUCCAAAAGCCGAUGGUAAAUGGUUCAAAUUUGAUGACGAUGUUGUUUCAAGUUGCCGCAAAGCAGAAGCAAUUAAUCAAAACUACGGAGGCAUGGAUGAGGACAUAUCGUUUCAUGCCAAGUGCAGCAACGCCUAUAUGUUGGUAUACAUUCGUGCUUCAGAGCUGCCAAAGGUCCUUGCCGAAAUUCCGGAGAGCGAAAUACCCAAAGAGUUAGUUGAACGUUUGCUUGUUGAGAAGAAUAUCGAGUCCAUCCGUCGCAAGGAACGCACCGAAGCUAAUUUGUAUGUUACUGUUCAGGUUAUAUUGGAGGAGUACUUUGAGUCGCAGCAAAAACGCAAACUAUUCGACUUAGACAAAGUACACCCUCGAAUUUUCAAACUAAAACAAAGCCAAACAAUCGAUGAUUUGGUUGCGAUGUUUGUGCGAACUUUUGGCGUUGGAAAGGAUCGUAUGCGCAUCUGGUCACUUGCCUCAUCGCAUUUACAGAAAUUUAGCUAUAUCGAUUUCAAUCGCGAGGGUCAUCGCACUAUAGACCAUGUGGCCAAUUCUCAAAAGCCCUGGAAUAUAUUCCUAGAACUAGCAUCGCCAGAUUCUCCAGGUCCAUUGCUGCCAUUCAAUCCGAAGCGUGAUGUAUUGAUUUUUUACAAGUACUACGAUGCAACGAAUAAGCGCCUUAACUACAUUGGUUGCAGCCAAGAGGAUCUUCGGCGACGUUUAAUUGAAAUUAUACCCGGUAUCAAUGCAAGCUUAGGCUUCGAACCGGGCACCGAACUAACUGUCUACGACGAGUCAAGCCAAAAGAAAAUCUUAAACUUGGAAGAAUCUCUGGAGAAGGUUUUGCAAAUUUCACAAGACAACUUGCAGGAAUACAUAUUGAUUUUCGAAAAAGAACAUGUUGGCAUGAAACUAGAACUGCCCACUGUCGAUGACUAUUUCAAGGAUUUACUAUAUCGUAUAGAGAUAACAUUUUGUGAUAAAUGUAACCCUAAUGAUCCGGAAUUCGUGCUGGAGUUGUCUAAUCGCAACACUUACGAUCAGAUGGCACAGGCAGUUGCGGAACGCCUUAAUACCGAUCCGAAUAAAUUGCAGUUCUUUACAUGUAAUCACAGCUACAAGGACGCUCCGGGGAAUGCUAUUCCAUAUACACAUAAGGGUUUAAUUAAAGAUCUAAUCUUAUACAGCAAAACGGCCCCCAAAAAGAUUUUCUAUCAAAGACUGUCCUUGAGUAUACACGAACUUGACAACAAACGUCAAUUCAAAUGCAUUUGGGUAUCAAACGAUCUUAGAGAAGAAAAGGAGCUAGUUCUGUAUCCUAAUAAAAAUGAAACAGUUAAAAGUUUGCUCGACGAAGCGGCUAAGAAAAUUCAAUUUCCCGAAAAUAGUCGAAAGAAAUUACGGCUCAUGAAAAUGGCAAGUCACAAAAUUAUGUGCGUUUUCAAAGAGGACGUUCCGCUUGAGAAUUUGCAAAUGGGCAGCGAGACAGUCUCCAGUCAGAACAACCAAAAAACGUUCCGCAUUGAGGAAGUCCCAAUAGAAGACACACAAUUAGCUGACAACGAAAUGCUUAUACCAGUUUCGCAUUUCAGUAAGGAAGUGUACAAUUCAUUUGGAGUUCCCUUUCUUAUUAAGUGUAAGCACAAUGAAACCUAUGGGGCUUUGAAGCAGCGAAUCCAGAAACGCCUCAAUGUGCCAGACAAGGAAUGGGAGAGUUACAAAUUUUUUGUCAUUUCGAAUGGAACCAUAAACGAAGCGGUCGAUAGUAAUCUUAUCGAUUUGGAUGUAUUCCAACCCAAUGGAACAACACAGGCGACAGUUGUCGGUGGUACCCAACUGCCUUUCUUUGGCCUUGAUCACAUCAAUAAGUCCCGAAAGAGAACAUCCUUGAAUUUCUCUGAAAAAGCUAUUAAAAUUUAUAAUUGAAAACCAACACAAAAAAAUACAAACAAACAAAAUUAUUAUUAAUAAACAGAACACUGAUUUGCUUAUUGAAACUAUAAUUGAAUACAUAUUAAAAAAAAAUAAAAAUAAGAAAAAAAACAAUUAAAAUGCAAAAAAAUUCAAAAUUUUAAAAAUAAAACUAAAAAAAAAAAUAAAUAAAAAAAUAUAUAUUUGUUGUACGUCUUUUAAGCACCCGGUUGAGAUACAUUUAAAACAGUUCCCAGUCUUAUUUUCCGCCGUUUGGUACAUGUAAAUAUGUGUAUUGUGCUUCUGUUAUAAUUCUUUCUUUUGUGUUUUUUGUUUUGUUUUUUAAUUUUUGGUUACAAUUGAAUUAUACUUUCUUUUAACAACACACAACUAAUAAUGCAAAAGAGAAGAAAUAAAAAAAUUAUUAUUAUUAUUGAGGAAAUUCAUAAUUUAAAAAUAAAAAAAUAAUCUUAUGCUAAACUGAA